UAUUAUUGUUCCUUGUAAGACGCUGUGUUGUAUGGCGAAGAUUUUUAUUUUUAAAAACCACAAACAAUCCUUUCAGUCAUCGCAGUAACACACCAAUACAAUCAAUUUUCUUACAACAAUGUUAUCGGUUAUUUCUUUAAAAUCAAUGUUUUACUGGGCACCUACGUAAAUGGUCGCCGUUUGUGUCACACAUUACCCACUAGAAAUUCGUAAUGAGAUGAAGGAUCUGAAGCACCUCACGUGAGGCACUCAAAUGAAAUUUCACGGUAGCGGCUGAUAGCUGAUUAUGACACAUAAUUUGUAAUAAAAUUAUCAAAAAGUUCCACAUGUUAAUCAACGCUGGUGAGCGAUGAGACUUGUUCUUGAAAUGUUUCACAUAUUACAACUACGGUGAAAUUCGAUGACCAUAAAAUCAUUUUGAAGACUCUAAAGCACCGUAACCAGCAAUUUUUUGAUCGUAAUAGUUUUCAAAAGCUAUGAGAGAUGAAAAAUAUGACUUGUCGCUUUAGUGACGAAUUUAAACUUCCCUUUCCAAUACGAUCUGUAGAGUGAUAUGUUCUGUAAACUUUAUCGCAGAGAUAGUAUAACACGUUUUGAAGCACGAUACGCGGUUAUCACACACAGUAUAUGUUGUCUGUACGUAAGAAAAAGUGCGAAGUUCAAGGUAUAUGGUGAAGAAAUUUCUGCAUCAUGUCAAAAGCAGUAACAUCAGAUGACAGUUCUAAUGAUCCGAAACCACUAACUUUUACUGAAAUUGAAAUACCUGUUCCUUGGGGUAAAAUUGCAGCGAUGACAUGCGGCGAUUCUUCCAGUCAUCCCAUUUUAUGUCUGCAUGGCUUACUGGAUAAUAGCGCGUCAUUUGAUAGACUCAUGCACGCCGUGUCACUGAAAUCACAUUUCUUUGUAAGCAUUGAUCUCCCAGGCCACGGAAAAUCAUCACAUUUGGAGCCUGGGACACAAUAUCGUUUUCUGGAUUUUUUGACAGUUGUUCUGAGGAUUAAACAGUACUUUCAAUGGGAAAGGUUUUCUAUUAUAGGACACGAAAUGGGAGGACUCUUAGGUCUUUAUUUUGCAGCAUAUUUUCCUAAAGCUGUUGAGAAACUUGUCGUGCUAAAUCCAGUGUGCUAUUUGACACGAAACAAAGACCAAAGCCAACGGUUUAUAAAAACUGCAGAAUCUGCUUAUAAAGUGCAGCAUGAGCCCAAAGAAAUUACCUUUACAACGUUGACUGACGCACUGGAUUAUAUUUUAAAUUUGCGGAAGACUAAAUUGUCCAGCGAAUUACUUCCAGUUUUGCUAAGAAAUGUCUAUCCUGUUGGUAACAUGUAUACGUUGUCCAUAGACAGUAGAAUUAGUGCAUUAGAAUUCCCAGUAAUAAGUGAGAAACAGUUGUAUCAAAUUUUUAAUAAAAUAACAUGCGAGCUUUUUAUCAUCACUUCUUCAGAUAAAAGAGAAGAUUUUAAAAUGUUACCAGUUGCUUAUUUUACCCGUUUAUUUAAGAAAAACUGUGUAAGAUUUGGAACCAUCACAUUAAAAGGAGACACUGAUCUACAUUUACACAAGCCAAAAACAGUUUCGUCUCAAGUACGGCAAUUAUUUUUGGACUUCAGGUCAUCUUUAUGAAAGUUUUAAUAUACCUAUCAAUGUGAACUGUAAAUUCAAAACACUAAUGUGUUGGUUGUUAUGAUCUAUUGGUUUACAGGAACAUAGAGUCAAGGUGAUCAGAUUUUAACUUGACAUUAGUUAUUGAGCUGUAAAGACACAAAAAUAAUUAAGUUAUAUCAAAUUACAUUGCAGCAAAGGUUUGGGGAGCCGCAGACAAUAUACCACUUCUUGCUGUGCAUGGACUUCAAGACAACGCUGGGACAUUUGAUCGCCUUGUGCCCUUUUUGCCAAAACAUUUUUACAUAGUUUGCAUAGAUUUACCUGGUCAUGGUUGUUCAUCACAUUUUCCACCUGGAUUUGUCUUGCAUUAUAUGGAUUAUAUAUUGUCUGUCAGGAGGGUUGUUGAUUUUUUAAAGUGGAAGCAGUUUUACUUCUUAGGACAUAGCUAUGGUGCACAGUUGGGUGCUUAUUUUAGUGCAUUCUGGCCAGAACAUAUAAUCAAACUUGUAAUGUUGGAUGCAAUAUCUACAUUUGUGUAUUCAGACUUUAUGGAUAGAUUUCCUGUCAGUUCUUCCCGACUAUUGAAUAUGGAGAACCGAAUUGCCAAGAAGCAACCCCCUGCUUAUAGUUUUGAAGAAGCAUUGCAGAGAAUGUUAGAGAGUAGAAUUAGCAAAUUAACUGACGAUGCUGCUAAAACUCUAAUUAUGCGCUCACUUGUCAAAAGAAAUAAUGGUGUUGGAUUCUCAACUGACCAGCGGUUAAAAUUUGCUGCUUGGGUACCGUGGGGUCCUGAGCAGAAUGUAAAUAUCUUACAACGGAUCAGAUGUCCGCAACUCAUUGUGUUAGCAUCACAGUCACUGCCAAUAUUGAGCCAAUCAUUUAGUAGAGAAAUGAAAAUGUUCAGGUCAAGAAGAAAUUUCACCUGCAUUGUUGUAGAUGGAAAUCAUGACGUUCACAAUAAUCAACCUGAAAUAGUGGGACCAAUUGUAACAAAAUUUUUUACCGCAGAUAAGAGUUCCUUGUAAUGUGUGCAAAUGCUCGGAAUUGUUCUAUUGUGAGCAAAAUAUUAUAUAUCAUGUAUGCAUCUAUUUUAAAAAUCAGUAUUACUAUAGGUAAACAAGAAAUGGUUUAAUUUUGUAUAUAUUAUUUGUAUUUGGGUCACAGAAUGAGUGCUGUGUGUCAUGUAAAUACAAGUAAAAUAAAAUGAUAUACUAAUGGUACCUGAACUAA